AUGGCCGAUAUCAGACCUCCCUUCACGGCGGAAUCCGCCAGGGCCAAGGUCAAGAUCGCGCAGAAUCUUUGGAACACCAAAGACCCCGUUCGCGUUGCUCAGGCAUAUACGCCCGACUGUAUCUGGCGCAAUCGCACUUCAUUCUUUUCUGGAACAGAAGCAAUCGUCGCUUUCCUGACGGCCAAAUGGAAUCGGGAGACCAACUAUCGCCUCCGCAAAGAACUCUUCUCCUUCACGGACGAUCGCAUUGCCGUCCAGUUCUGGUAUGAGUACCAGGAUAUCGAGGAUGGGAUGCGCUGGAAGCGUUGCUACGGUCUCGAGGACUGGACCUUUGAUCGGGCGACGGGGAAGAUGCGGAAGCGCAUGAUGAGUGGGAACGACGUGCUCUUGGGCCCGGACGGGAAUGGUGAGGGGAGGUGGUUCGUAGAUGGCGUGGACGUGGACGAGGUGUCAAUCGGGGAGGAGCAUUGGUGA